AUGGGUUCAUUCCAGACACCAAUUGGAAUGAGAAGCUCCACAUUGCUAGAAACCUCGUGCGGUUUCCUGUUACAAGAGCUGCAGAUAAUUUGGGAUGAAAUUGGAGAAGACAAGUUUGUGAGGGAAAAGGUUCUGCUGGAUUUGGAGCAAGAGUGCCUUGAGGUUUACAGGAAAAAAGUUGACAGAGCAAAUACAUCUAGAGCUAGUCUGCAUCAGGAGUUGGCUGAAGCAGAAGCAGAAUUUACUCACCUUCUUUUGUCCCUCGGUGAACGAUCUCUUCCUGGACGGCCAGAAAAAAGGGCGGGAACGCUAAAAGAGCAGCUAGAUUCAAUCACUCCAGCACUCCGGGAGAUGCGCUCAAGGAAAGAGGAGAGAUUAAACCAAUUCCGAGCCGUGCAAGGGCAAAUUCAAAAAAUUUCUGCAGAAAUUGCAGGUAACUCAGACAAUGCACCCUCAAUCUUUGCGGUAAAUGAGAAUGAUCUCUCACUAAAAAGACUUGAGGAGUAUCAGAAUGAGCUGAAAAGGCUUUACAAUGAGAAGAAUGAAAGACUCCAGCAAGUGGAGAAAUACAUCGACAAAAUACACAGCUUAUCCACAAUCUUAGGAAAGGAUUCCUCUGCAAUCAUCCUGCAAGUUCACCCCAGCUUGAAUGAUUUGUGUGGAAUAACAAAAAAUAUAAGUGAUGCUAUCCUACAUAAACUUAAUAUCACGGUGGAGUCCCUUUAUGAAGAAAAGCAAAAUCGGCUGGACAAGCUUCACCUUUUAGGCGAAGCACUCUCAAAUCUAUGGAAUCUUAUGGACACACCUUACAGUGAUAGACAAUCUUUUUCCCACGUAAUCAAUCUGUUGUCAGUCUCAUCAGUGGAAGUAUCAGAGCCAGGAAGUCUUACUCUAGAGAUAGUCCAGCAGACUGAAGCUGAAGUAAAAAGACUAGAUCAACUAAAAGCAAGCAAGACCAAGGAGCUUUUCCAGAAGAAGCAGGAGGAACUAGAGUUGAUAUGCAAGAUAUCUCACGUGGAGAUUCCUUCACGGACAGAAAUGAACAAUAUAAUUAGCCUCAUAAACUCAGGGGAGAUUGACCAUUCCGACCUCCUCAUGAGCAUGGAUGAACAGAUAUCAAGAGCAAGAGAAGAGGCUUCCAGCAGGAAGGCUAUAAUGGAAAAAGUUGAGAAGUGGAUGUUAGCACGUGAUGAGGAGCGCUGGCUAGAAGAAUACAGCAUGGAUGAGAAUCGAUACUCAGUAAGUAGAGGAGCCCAUAAAAACUUGAGACGAGCUGAACGUGCCCGUAUAAUGGUCAGUAGAAUGCCAGCUCUGGUAGAUUUGCUUAUAAAAAUGACUAGGAGUUGGGAAGCAGAAAGAAAUAAAGUUUUCUUGUAUGAUCAGGUUCCUCUAAUGGAAAUACUGGAAGAAUAUAACACACUAAGGCAAGAAAAGGAGGAGGAUAAGAAAAGACAGCAGUCAUGGGAAAAGAAGAAGGUCCAGAGUCAAGUAGUUUCUGAGCGAGAUAAUAUGUAUGUGUCAAGACCAGGUACCAGCAGUAGACGUCUUCCAAAUAGAAGCUCGAAUGGAAGUCUAGAAUGUGCUGCGCCCUUGAACAAAAGGCUCCCUAUAGGUAUCCAGCAACUGGGAUCAAACAGUAUAAAUUCAGGAAAUCAAGGUAUAUCCUUCAUUAAGGAUGGAAGGAAGAUACAGAGGAAAAAGAUAUUCGGUGAACCUGCCUUUACUUCCUAUAUAAGAGAAGAGGCAUCUACUAUGGUGUCUACACAUUAUGGAGCAUUUUCUCCUUAAUUUUCUAUAUCAAGAAUCAUAGGUUUUGACUGAUACUUCAUAAAGCUGACUUUCCAUACUGUUGUGAACAUGCAAAAGAAUAAACCUACACUCUACUUCUGUUUUUGCUCUUAAGUUGACCAAAUGGAUUAGCUUAUGCUUGAUGUAAACCGAAAUCAUUGUUUUAAUUGCAAUUUGCACCAUACGGUACUA